AUGAAGGUCCUUCUUUGUCUCGCAGCUGUAGUAAGCUUCGCCUCGGCCAUGUUUGCUCCACAAAUAAACGGAUUCUCCGAUUUCAGUGAUCCAGCAAAGUUCGACAAUGGUUUCAACGGUGGCAUUGGCGAAGGGAAAACUUUUGAUGUCAAUGAUAUGCACAAUUUCCCCGACUUCAGUCAUGGGUUUGGAAAUUUCGACGAUAGCAAAGGAACGCCGGAUCAGCACGUCUUCAAUGCCCCCAAUAAAAAUCUAAAUAACAAUGCUGAACAAAAUUUCGAUGAUCAACAUCUCAACAACUUUUUAUCUAAAGGUGACGCUGGUAUUCCAGGGGGUUUCCGUGGAGCUGAUCACAACAAUGGUUUCAUCAAUGACACCGUUUUGGUAGCUGGAACUGCAGCUGCUCCCACAGUUGGAAGUGGAGGAGGAGUAGGAAGUGUGACAGCUGAUCAACAAAAUGGUCUCGCCAAUCGUCCUCCAGGUUGCAACCCUGAUCACGAAAGUGGUUUCGUCACCGACACAAUUACCGCAGCCGGAAGUGUUGCAGCCAAUCAAGGUAACGUAGCCGACUCUACCAAUAAACAAAACGUUGGGAGUGGCAGGCAUAACCAUAUUUCGCAUGACGUUACCAAUGAUAUCCACAAUGGUAUUCACUUCAAACAACGAAAUGGUGUUUACCAGCCAAACAAUCAAUUUGCUCCAGAACAAGAAUUUCACGGAAACUCCUUUGAUAAGACCCAUGCUGAUCAUGACUCAAAUAUUAACCUUCCGUCUGUAGAGGAUCUACAUAAACACAUCCCAACUCCAGUUGUCUUUAAACCGACCAUUGCUCCAUUUGUUCACCCAGAUGGACCUGUUGGAGGACCAGUUACUGUUUCUGAUAUCCAAUUUGAUCAUCCAGAUCCACCAAAGAAAUUCACUCAUGAUGGAUUCCCAUCAUUUAACGGACGACAAUCCAAAUUUUCCAGAGCCAAUGAUAUUCCCGGAUUCUUCUCGGAUCCUUUUGGUAGUGUUGGUGGUUCUAGUGGACACAGAAAGGGGCUAAAUAGUCAGUCCUGUCCAACAAUCAACAACCCAGCUGCUCCGUAUGUUUUGAGCUCAACUGCAUCUGACUACCCACGAGAAGAUAUUAACGCUGAAUUAGCUAGAAGACCCGGGUUAAGAUCUAUGGUUGCAAAUAACGGGCAGCAGAAACCUUCUCUUGAUGUUGUUGAUGGUACAGCCAGCUGUGUGUCCAGUCAAAAUUCUUUAAGAAAAUUCAGAAGAUAUAAUGGUGCAUGCUACGUCUUGGAUGGUGAAGCAGUUGACAUGGUCGAUUGCCAAUCCGCCAACUGUAACCAAUGUAAUACAAGUGGUGCCCAAUCUAAUAUUCAAGGAUUAUGCGUGCCUCAGUACCAGAACAUCAAUGUCAUGGCUUACUGUGUGAACGCUCCAGAUGCUAACAACAAAAUUAAUCGAGAACUGGUUCCAGUUCCAAGUUUUUGUGGAUGUAGAAUGGUUCAAUGUUAAGAAAGUUUUUGGUGGUGUAUGUCUCCUUAAUAGAAAUUAGAUUGUCGUAAAAUUUGCUGCGAAAGUUUUCUACAUUGCACACAAAGGCAGACUUAUUAGAUAUGGCUAUUGUAUUAUUAGUGGAACAUCCGCUCGCUCAGGGACACUUUCUGUUUUCGUGGCACAUAUUGAGUUCCAAUUUCUAUAGAAAAUUGAAAAAUAGAAAUAGCCUUUCUUGCUAUUUCUACUUAAAAUCUUUUCAAAUCUGAUUUAAACAAUUUAUUGUGAAAAUUCAGAAUUCUAUGUCAAACAUAAUAUCUCUGGAAAACUUUUGUAGUAAAUCUUAUAGUAAUUUAACAAAGAGAGAAUUUGGAUGAAAGUUUGGUGUAACCAUUAUAUAACUCUAUAUCGCUUAUGUUCUAUUAAACUGUAUUAUUAU